AUGUGCUACAAGAGCGCCGCCAGAGAAUCCCUUGGCUUGCGCGUCGACUCCGUUCCAUCAUGGACACGAGAUCUCGAGUACACUACUGCUCGGAAAGCCGUUCCAUUCUACCCUGAGUCAGAAAACCCUGUGGUGGAAGUGGAGCCCGUGCAGGAAUCCUUCACAGGCGUGCACACAGCAGAGGUGGGGGAGAUGCUCUGUAGCUGCGUACCGGUGACCCUGACGACAUAUUUGGCUCUUCAGAAUGAACUCUUCCGGGUUGAGAAGCCUGGAACAAGCGAACGAUUGCCAGGCGAUAGAGUCGUCAGCGGCUUAGCAGUUGACAAAGCAGGACGGCAGUACCAGGCUCACGGCCCUGCUCCUGCUCACCGACCGGUACCGGGGGUUGCCCCUCUGUGUGAAACGUACAGCAAUCCUGCAAUGUCACUUGAAGGCCAUGAAUGCAAUGUCGCUCGAGUUACGGCUUUCGUCCGGCUGGGCGACGCCUCUGCCGCAGGAAUCAUAUUUCGCUCAAGAGGACAGACCGACUACUUUGCUGCAACCCUUGACACAGAUAGACGGGAUGACCCAGGAGAGGGUGCACCACUGGAGAUGUUGGUGGACGGCAGGGCUGUUCUUUCUUAUCAAGCGCCAUUCAAAGGCUCAACCAGCGGGGGAAUGUCGCUGGGACGCUUCUCUUCGAGCGCAUCGGCCGAGUCGUUGCAGACAAAUGAACUCUCGACGUACAAGAGCAAAGGGCGUGAACUCGCACAAGCCAUGCUUUCUGAAAUAGAAGAUCUUCUUCGGGGGUUCGAUGCUGACCUUAAGAAGCUGCACAACAAGUCGCGCUAUGCUUCCAAGCGAAGCGAAGGACGGAGCUGGUCUGACGUUGUGCUCCAGUCUACUGACUCGAACGUUUCAUCAUCCGCUGGAGCAAGCCAGCUACCGUCCCGUAGUCGACUUUCUUUUGGUAUCCGCGACCAGCCUUUGUUGAGACGGUCGACUACAGCUGUGCAGAGCAUAUGUGAGGAGGAGGACGGAGAGGAUGCCGCAUUCAUGGCGCUUAUUAGAAACAUUUACAAAAUGGUGUCUACGGAGAUUGCACCGAAGUUACACGGAGUUACCCAAGAGGUUACCGAGCUACGCAAAAAUAACGAUCUCUUGUCUGAGAAGGUGGAACAACAGCGGAUACGUAACGAUCAAUUGUUGGAAGAAUUCGAAGACCUCCAGACUGAACUUAGAGCUAAAGACGAACAGCUACGUGAACAAAGACGAGUGUCGAAAAACUUGAACAUUUAUCAGGGAGAAAAUGCGUCGCUCAAGGUGAAGUUGGAUAGUUUGCGCGUACGCGUGGAAAAGCUGGGGGGAAGUAGCCCGCCUCAACAAGUGGUUCGAGAAGUGCAAGCAGCAGUAGAUGCUCCGUGUCAGCGCGCUUCAAGCAAUGACUGGCUCAAGAAGGAGAACGAGAAUUUGCAGCGAGAGGUAGCGCGCUGGCGAGCAGAAACGUCGGAAAAGGACAUCUUGAUCAACGAGUUGAAGGAUGUCAUUAAAAACUUCACGGUUCCUGAAACUCCGCGAUCACCAAUGCAACGCAAACUCUCCGCAGCCCGUCCAGAGGCCCUGCUGAGCGCAGCGAUGGGUGCAAGCAGAGCGGUGUCAGAGGCUGGCUCACUGGAUUCUCAAGUAGGGACGGCCCUGACUUUGGAAACACCAAGGGGGCGCAUCCGCAGCAGCCUCUUCGAGAGACUCUCACCUUUGGCUGCUGUGAGGCGUUCUCCUUCGGCCACUACACUUGCACAGGACUUGAGGAUAUCACCUCCUGUAACUACUGAAAGUUCGAAGGAUAUAGCGACAGGAAUAACAUAUAAGGGACGCAUCAGCCGCAGAAGCGGCUUCCCCUCUGCACCACCGCGUGCAGCAUCCACUGGUGUCGACUCAGCGGAUACAGCUGCUGGUUUUGGAGGCCUUCGUGCCGCUCCGAGCGAAGAAGUCGGCCAGUUGCUGGAAGUUACAUCAGAGGCAAUGGAGAGAGCCUUACUUGAGGUGGAAGACAUCAGGGCCUCACGGAUCAAACAAGCUGGGGUAUGGGAGGAUCGGAAUACUCAUAUGAAGCAGCGGCUUCUGGAAGCAGAAGAAAAACUUCGUGCGGCUACCGCUGACGUUCAGGCACUAACGAGCGAGCGUAAUGCGGCGCUCAUUGAGCAACGUGAAGCUCAGGAAAAGGUUGAAAAACUCCGUAAACAACUCGAGGCGAGCAGAAGCGAGGCUGCGGAGCUGCAGGCCGCUCUGGAGAAAACAGAAAACGAAAUGCAGAAAGGGCAAAAAGCAGCAGCUGUUAAAGAGCUUCGGCUGAUGGAAGCUGUAACUGUUGCGGAGAAGCAAAUAGCAGCCCUUCGUGAUAUGCUCGCGUUUCGUGAUGGGUUGAUCAUGUCGAUAGCCCGCAACACAAAUGAUUGGCUUCUAAAGAAGCAUUUGCAGGUCAAUGAAACUGUUGGCGAGUCAGACGUUCAGACCUUGGGGACGACGUCCGGUAGAGAAGAACUACCUCUACGAAGACCCUGGAUGGGUCCAGUAGCCGCCAAUGGCAAGCAUGAAGAGGUCGUAGUCGAAGAGGGCUGCACUCUUCCGUUCUGUGGCAGUAGACAACUGACGCAGCACCAUCCAGACGGAUCACGAGGACAGAAACUUAGGGUCGUCUGCAGGUCGAAAGACGACACAUGUUGUUCCACUUUGAAUUGUCUGAGUCUAUGGAGUAACGGCGCAACGCGGACUGCUCAACCGCUGUACUCCAUUCAGCCGCUGAACGCCAUGGAGGGAGGCGUGGUGUGGCCAUCCCGGAACUCCCACCUGGCGCUCAAGACCGCAAUGAACAUGGGCAAAUGA